GAUGCUGUUGUGAUGUGAUGCUGUGAUGUGGAUGUGAUUCAUCAUCGUCGUCGUGUGCGCAUACAUACUUCUGCAGGACACCAAGAGCACCGGAAACAGAGCCACAGCCAUGUCUGACCUGAACACGAGCGGAGAGACCGACCCACCAGUGUGGGAGGAGCAUGCCAAGGAGUGCAAUGCCUGCUGCAAGUCGUUCACAAUGACGCGUCGCAAGCACCACUGCCGCGCUUGUGGUCGUACCUUCUGCCAAACGUGCAGCCACCACAAGGAUGUGCUGCCUGCGCAAUAUGGCCUUGAAGGUCCCCAGCGGACAUGCGACACCUGUCACCUCACACUCCAACAGCUGCGCAUCGACGAGAACCCGGAUGAGCAUCCCCCAAAACCAGAUCCCGUCGCCGUCAAGCAGGAGCUCUUGGAGAAGCUCAAGCCUCUCCUGCAGGAGCCUGAGGACACGUGGAUCCGCAAAGUGGAUAAGAACGGCGUGACGAUUGACGUGAAGAAGCUUGCCAACAGCAACCUCGUGUGUGUUCGCGCCAGCUACGACGUCCGCGCCCCGCUCGCGAAGGUUGUUCACGUCUUCAACGACAAAGAUGCGUGGAAGAAGACGCAGCCGGACAUGCUCAAGUGCAACACGCUCGAGACAAUUGACGACAACUCGGAGUAUCUCUACGUCCUCUACAACGUCCCUGUCAUGGACAACCGCGACGUCGUCGCUUUCACGACCAUCUGCGAAGGAUCUGUUGAGGACCCGUCCAACACAGAGGAGCGCGUCCUCCUCACCACUUCCGUUCUCCACCCGCUCGCAACCAAAGUGAAGAAGACGGUGCGUGCGCGCGUGAACAUUGGCUACACGCGUUUCACCUACCGCAAGGCCGAGGAUGGAUCCCACAUCACCACCGUCACCUCCAUUCAGCACACGGACCCACGGGGCAUGAUUCCGCCAAAGCUUGUCAACGCGACCAUCUCGCGCGCAGGGGACCAGCUGCGGACAAUGAUCAAGUACAUGGAGACGGAGGAUGUGGAGUACGCAGAGGUGGCCAAGGGCGCAGGCAACCCGGUCUUCCCCAAGGACACACAGCCUGUGGCUGAGGAAGGGCCAUCCAAGCCAAAGGCACAGGUGGCUGUCGUCUAGUUAGGCGAGACAGGUGCUGCGAGUUUGCUUCUCAUUUUGUUCGUUCGUGCGACUGUUUUCGGUUGUGGUGGUAAUGCGUGCUGUCUGGGCUCGGCCUUUGCUUGUGUGCGUUGUGAUAUGCGGUGCGGGAAUGCGUGGUAUGGCUGCAUUAUGCACAUGUGUGCGCGUGCGGUGAUGGGCGUGAGUGUUGGCACACGUACAUCGCUGGCAGUGCUCCCCUGCACUCCGUCUUGCUCCACACAACGAGCCCCUGCUUGGUCGUCGCUCUUUUGUUCUCCUAAGUUCAGAUGUUUGUUCGCUGCCUCUGUGUGCGUGUGCGUGUGCAUGUAUUCGCUGUGCAUGUGUUCCCUGUGCAAGUGUGCGUGUGCGUGUGUUUGCCACCGCCGCCGCCACAGGACCGUGCGCUUGCCUGGUUGUUAGCGUGAUUGUGGUGUUUGUCUUCAGAUUUUCUCGCUUGAACACUCGGGUUUGAAAGAAUAAAAACUGAAAUGCAA